AUGGCAACAACAUACAUGGUGAACAACGUUCUUGUAUCUUGUUUGAUGUUUUUUGUAAUGAUUGGUUCCUCAAACGCAAAACCUGCAGACAUAAAAGCAAUCUGCGGUAAAGCAAAAAACCCAUCCUUCUGCACAAACUACAUGAAAUCAAACCCAAAGAUUUCAGGUGCUGAUAUUAAAACGCUUGCAACGAUUACCCUCGGCUCUGCACAAACAAGCGCAUCAAUAGCUUUGACGAAGAUUCAGUCUCUUGCCACGAAAGAAACUAACCCUGCUUUGAAGAAAGGAUACACCUCGUGCGUGGAGCAGUACAAGAAUACAAUCAGCAGUCUCGAUGAAGCUAAUACGAGCCUAACGUCAGGAGAUGGUCCAGGGCUGAACAUCAAGGUCUCAGCAGCUAUGGAAGGUUAUACAACAUGUCAAGAUGGCUUGUCGAACGUCAAAGCUGAUCCUUCAAUUGUGAAGGACACGGGUGAUUUUCAGAAUGUUUGUGGCAUUAUUCUUGUCAUCUCCAACAUGAUGUGAUUAAAGAAAGGGCUUGCGAUUACAUCAAAC